AUGAAUAACUACUUCAAAUAUGGCUCGCUGGAGGAUACACCAAAAUACUCGUGUCGAAAUACCACGCUCCAAGCCGCAACGCCAAACGUACCGCUUGGUAUUUUUUACAUCGUCGCUGGCUUCACCGUGCAGGUCGGCUAUCUGAUCUCCCUACUAGGGAUCAGCCGAAAGGAGAACAUACAGUACCCCGCCUACAAGCUCAUGUUUGGAUUGGCCGUAUACGAUCUGCUCAACAUUUUUGUUUGUGGCUAUUGGAUGGGAUACUUUACGAUUUAUGGUUUUCACUUUUGCGAUAAGCCGACGCUCAUUUUUUGGACCGGGCUGUACUGUGGACUCCUUUUCAAUCCUGACUACGGUACCGUCAUCUUCCACCCCUUGAUUCCCGAAAAUAUGGAUCACGAGUAUAAUGUCGAUAAUCAGAUUUACUUAAAUAGAUUUGUCUGUACUGCGCUGGGGACGUGCAGCAUUUUGAUCUACCUGAUACAGUGGCGAAAAGAGAAAAUAAUGGGAUUGAAGAUGGGAUCUUAUCGGAAGCAGGUGCUCCGCCAAGCCAUCCUGGUCUCGCUGUUCGUCUUCACGACCACCUUGAUUUGGACGAGCCUGGCCUUCAUCCCACAAGGCCCAUUUUCAAUGAGCUUGAUGCAUAUCGGACAUAUUUCGUGGAUGCUGAUGCAUAGCACCCCAGCCAUGAUCUAUCUGAGCUUCAACAAGACAAUCCGAAAAAACGUUCGUCGCCUCGUCGGAAUUCCGCAGGUCUCACGUGUUUACCACACGAAUGGAUCGGAGGUAGUAGCACCCAGUAUCCCU